CACCACAAAAAACUUAAUAAUUUUUAAACACAAAAAAUUAAAAAAUAUUGAUACUUUACAAUAAAAUACACAUAAUGUACAUUAUUCUUACCAGUAAGCAUCUGCUCCAAUUUCCUUCUGUCGACCCUGAACCGGUCCUGAUACAAGUCCGAUACGUCUUUGAGUCCCAAUUUCGUCACAAAAUCCCUCAGUUCCUCUCUGGAGUCCCAAUUCGAAGUCCAUCCGGACGUUGCGGUUCCGGACUCCGAUAUCUCGGACAGCGUGUCCGAAUUUUUGUUCAUAUCGACUAGACGUGAACUCAUAUAGUUGCACGACAUAUUUAAAUACUGUAUUAUUUUUUUUAAAUUAAAAACUGUACAAUUUUUAGCAAUAAAUAAAUUAAAUUAACUUAGUACGUAUAUUUUUGGUCACCUACGCGUUGAUUUCAUUUAGUUUUGUCUUUUAACGAGGUGACUUUACGAGUUUUACAACGCUACUAAAACGGUUUUAGCAAAGUAAAUUCAACCACAAUCGUUUUUCGACAUUUUUUACAGCAUUUUUUCACAAAUAAACGAAUUACACACAUAAAAACAACCACAAAUCAACCUAUUAUAAUAUUUUAACAUUAAAAACUCCACACGUCAUAAAACUACCCAUUAAAACAAUCAAAAUUACCAAUCAUACAACAAUAAUCAAUCAAAUUUCAAAAAUACACAUUUAAAUUUAAAUAUCGCGCGAUAUUUAGUACCAAAAGUCAUCACGCCGCCUAAAUGACAUUUCUUGUAUUUUGUGGUUAUGUCGCCGAUUUAAGAUGUUUACCUCCUCUAAUAACUAAAAAUCGACUUAAUUAUCUAACAUGGGUGAUAUGCUUAAAGAAUUGCGCGAAAAAUCUCGCAAAAGGAAGCAACUCUUGGCCCAAACAUUGGGUGUUUCAGGUGCUGAAGAGUUAAGACAAGUUUUGGGUACAGCUGAGGCUCCAACGAAAAAGUCCGACACUAAAAAUAGUGAUAUUAACCCUGAUAACGAGAAGUAUGAGUACAAAGACGAUGCCAAUGACGAAAUGGUGUAUAGAGACUCGUCUACAUUUCUAAAGGGAACCCAAUCUUCCAACCCUCACAAUGACUACUGCCAACAUUUUGUCGAUACAGGACAAAGGCCCCAAAAUUUUAUACGUGAUGUAGGUUUAGCAGACAGAUUCGAGGAAUAUCCAAAAUUGAGGGAGUUGAUUAAGUUAAAAGAUGAGUUGAUACAGCAAACAGCCUCACCUCCAAUGUAUUUAAAAUGUGAUCUGGCCAAUUACGAUUUAAAAAAUUUGAACUCAAAAUUUGACGUUAUUUUAAUUGAGCCGCCUUUGGAGGAGUAUCAGAGGACCAUGGGGGCUACUAAUAUGCAGUUUUGGUCGUGGGAUCAGAUUAUGAACCUAGAUAUUGGGGAGGUAGCAGCUCAAAGAAGUUUUGUUUUUUUGUGGUGUGGUAGCUCUGAUGGUCUGGAUAUGGGCAGAGUUUGUCUGAGGAAGUGGGGUUUUAGAAGAUGCGAGGACAUCUGUUGGAUCCGCACCAACAUAAAGAACCCCGGGCAUUCGAAAAACCUCGACCCGAAGGCAGUGUUCCAACGCACCAAAGAGCACUGCCUGAUGGGCAUAAAGGGCACGGUGCGUCGCUCGACGGACGGCGACUUCAUCCACGCGAACGUGGACAUCGACCUGAUAAUAUCCGAGGAGAACGAGUACGGCAGCCUGGAGAAGCCGGUGGAAAUUUUCCACAUCAUCGAGCACUUCUGCCUGGGCAGGAGGAGACUGCACGUCUUCGGCCGCGACAGCACCAUACGACCGGGGUGGCUGACAAUCGGCCCUGAACUAACCAACUCGAAUUUCAUGCCGGAUUUAUACGGGGGCUAUUUCGGCAAUAAUACGACUACGGGGUGCACUGAGAGAAUCGAGGCUUUGAGGCCUAAAAGUCCGCCUCCUAAAGGGAAGGGGGGUACAGGGCAAAGGGGCAGGGGGAAUUUCUCCAGGGGGCGCGGCAGGGGAAGGUAGAUUUUAACAGUUUUAAUUUUAAGAUAAUAAAUAAUUUGA